UCACUGAACAAUUUUAAAUGAUCUACUACAGAUCAGGUCCGAUACAGUAGUUAAAUAUGCACGAAUGCAUGACUCCUACUAUAUCUUUAAGAGUCCUACAGUGACGUAAGCAUGUUCGGCCAUUUCUGUUGCAAACACCAGCCGGCAGUGUCAGUCAAUCAACGAAUACAUUUUAGACUCCAAAAUAAUUUAGUUGCAGUCUAUAUCGCUAACACUAAGGGUAGGUGUAGCUCACAGCACAUUUUGCACUUCUGGAACGUAUAAAUUAUGAACGUAUCUGGUAACAAUGGAAGAAUAUACAAGCAUUUUGUUGUUUAUGUCACAUUUUGUCCGAUUGAUCUUGCGAGUUUGGCAGUAGUGCUGCUUUAAGUAGCCUAGGUUAAAGAAGCAUGGGUUUCAGAAGCGUUAUUUCAUAGGAGUUACGGUUUACAUUGCUGCUGUUGUUACAUGCUUGGUUUGUUUGUCACCAAUACUAUAGUGUAUAUGUUUAAAAAAUAACACACUGUUAUAUCAGACUUAGUAAGAAGUUGCUGCCGCUAGGCUACUGAUAACAUGCUUCAUUGUAACGCUUGUAUUGGCAACUAAAGUAAAACGCGCAGAAAACACACGCAAACAACCACCUCAACAAGCAAAAGCUUAGUUUAACCUUCAGCUUUGAAUGGCCCUUCUUGGUCCGUUCUGUUAACGGCCUAAUACUGAGCUAUGGAUGAGGAGGAAAACCAGGAAGGGCUGGCAAACAGGAAGGUUUCUCAAGGGAAAGUCCAGCGGAAAUUAUUCGUCCUCACAGAUGAAGAGGACAGCGCUGAAGAGGCAGGCAGCAGCUCAGACGAAAGUGUGGGUAGUAGGCAAGUGGAUGAGGCUGAGGAGGAGAGAGAUGAAGAUGGAGAGGACAGUGAUGGGUGUCCAGAAGGGGAGGACGGUGUUAGGAAGGGGGUGGAAGCUGCUUCAGCCGGGGUCCCUGCACAACUGCUGGAUCUGAGUUCAGACGACGAAGCGGAGAAGUGCCCCAUCUGUCUGCACUCUUUCCAGGAGCAGCCGGUGGCCACGCCCAGUGGCUGCCAGCACCACUUCUGCCUGGACUGCAUCCUGGAGUGGUCCAAGAAUGUGAACUCCUGUCCUGUUGAUCGCAUUCCCUUCAGCAGCAUCCAGCUGAGGAAGUGUCACGGGGGGAAAGUCCAAAAAACGAUCCCAGUGCAGGAGCCAGUAAAGGCAGAGGAGGAGGAGAUCAAUGUGGAUUUUGACCAGACCAGCUGUGAAGUGUGUGGUCGACGUGACCGGGAAGACCGCCUGCUGCUGUGUGAUGGCUGUGAUGCAGGGUACCACAUAGAGUGUUUGUCUCCCCCCCUGGACGCAGUACCUGUGGAGGAAUGGUUCUGCCCAGAGUGUACUUGUAAUAACCCCCACACAGACUCCACUGAGGAGGUGAGUGAAGACGAGGUGGCGGCCCUCCUGACCGAUGCCAUUCCCACCACCAGCCGGACCUCCUCCGCGGGCCGGACGCGCACCAUCGCCCGAACGCGCCAGAGCGAGCGGGUCCGAGCCACGGUGAACCGGAACCGCAUCACACAGGCGCGUGCUAUCCAGCAUGUGCCCAGGUAUUUAAUACAGUCGACCUGGCUGGAUGAGACGAUCAGUGCUGUGCUGAACUCCUCUGCAUGUGCACGCAGCGGAAGGACAGGUGAAAAACAUAGGAAAACUCAGAGGAAGAAGGCGAGUACAGAAUCCUCUUCCUCUUCCAGCAGUAAGAACAGAACUGCAGGGAAGGACUUAAAGGUACACAGAGGACACACCAGGAGCACCAAACUCGAGCAGAAACAGGCUGUGAAGAAAGACCCCGCCCACCAUUCUCUCAUCACCAAGGGCUCGACAACGGGGAAGCCGAAGCAGAGCCCCUCCACCAGACCCUUGGGAGGCCAUCCCAAAAGCAGACGUGCCUCCCUCUCCAUAUAUGGAGAUCCCUUGGAUCUGGACCCGUUUGAUGACGAGAGCAGUGCAGAGGGGUCUCCGCCCCUGAUGGACAUGAGUAGGCGGGGGCUGUCCCACUCUGCCCUACGGUCUCACCAGCCUGUGGCCCGGCCCAUUCAGCAUGGUCGCUCCAGGGGCAGCAUCAGUAUUUCUGAGGGAGACAUGGUGGAGGAUUCAGCCCCAGUACCUGACCUGCUUGGCAGCAUCCUGUCUGGCCAGAGCCUGCUGUUGAUGGACAGCACUACCAUGGUCAUCAACCGAGAUGGUUCUCUCAAGCUAGGAAAGCCAGCCUGUGAAUCGUCAUCGAAGACCAGCAUCUCCAGCCACACCAAUACUUACGAGUUUGAGACUGAGGUCCAAGCAGGGAUGGCCAGUGGCUCUGGACUGAAUGGAGAUCCCGAGUCUUUCCACUCUCUCCCACAGAUACCAUCCUCAUCGCACAGAUUUCCUGGCCCCAGCUCAUCUUCGGCUACACCUACGUCUCCUCUCACACCUCUCAUCAUGCCAGGAAACGCAAAUGUCUGCUCAACAAACCUUGUGCAUGAAAAGCCCCAUAAAGUCUAUACGCCCCACCCUGUGAAUCCUGUUGGCAUGAGCCAGAGAAGCAAAACCAGCACCAGCAGUCCUUCCCUCCCUCUGAGGCACUCAAACAGCAUGUCUGAUAGGGCCACCAGAGAGAAGGGGGUGAGAUCAGGGAUGGGGACAGGGACAGUGAAACAGGUCCCUCUUAAACCUUUGUGGCUGGAUGUCUCUAGGCUUCCUCGGAUACCAAAGAUCAGAAGAGGAGCAGACAGCGGGACCAGCCUGCAGGGGUUGGCCCAGGACGAGCAGGGGAGAGCAGAGGCCAACAGGAGACAGAAGCAGGACAGAUCAGGCACCUCCUGCUCCUCCUCCUCAUCCUCUUCCUGGACUUCUGCAUUGAACCCGAGCUCCUCUUCUACAGGGAGCUUCUGCAUCAGUGCCCUCAGACAAACCAGAUGCCCUACCAGCCCAGAGGGGCAGGUUACCUCCCUAGGCUCUGCAGAGAAUCAACUCUCAGAGAUGCAAAGCUGGAACAUUCAAGACCGCUUCCACCCAAUUGGCUCACACUUGCUUGGCCCAGAGGGUGUCCCAGAGGGCGAGACUCUGGACCGUCAUGCUACUGGUAUGAUGCCAGAAGAAAGGGGGGUGGUGCCACGCAUUUCUGGAUGUAAGUCCUACAAUGCUGAUUGCCAAACAAAACCUGAAACUAUUGAGGCCAUAAGGGAGAGAAAUAAAUAUUUAGGAUACGGUGAAAAUAUGAAGAUUGAAAGAUUAUGCCCUCAGAAUUUGCCCCUUGAAGGGCAGCCUACCAUUUGUAACAGCAGAGCAGAUGUGGCAAAGAAAUGCAGGUCUCACAAUAUGCUGUCAUCCCAGAAACAAGACACCAGCUUGCGCAGUGAGAAGAAUAAAUCCAAGCUCAAGGAUCAGCGCUCCAGGUCAUCUUCAUGUUCAGCGACAAGAGGGAAAUCUCAUCCAGACGGGAGAGGCAGGUUGAAGGACUCCCACGCUAGGUCUGGUGGUCGAGAUGGCAGCUGGACGGACACAGAGCCCAAGAGAAAGAGCAGGGAGGUGACUGGGAGUUGUUCCCACUCCAAAGAGAAAAAGAGAGUGCGGUCCUCACCAGAGAGCUCUCUGUCUGAGUCUCCUGAGAGACCCAGAAGGAGAAGGAGACGUUCUCCACACCGAUGGUCCCACUCCAACAGUGGACACCCAUCCAGAAACGGGGUACCCAGUGAAAGGGAUGAGUGGCACAACAGGACAGGCAGUGAGAGCCAGGAAUUCCCUCAGCCACGGUCCAGGUCCAGGACCAGGUCUAGAGACAGGAGGAAAGACUGGGUGAAGACACAGUCCUCAUGUAGGUCAAAGUACAGAUCCACGUCAAAAGAUGGGAAGAGGCCAAGGUCCAGAUCUCUGUCAAGAGAGAAGAAAAAUGAAAAAGACUCAUCACACAGCUCUUGCUCUACAAAAAGUUCUCUGAGAACAAACUCGUCAGCAUCUCCCACAAACAUGGAAAACUACCACAAACCUGUCUCUCUCAAAUAUCCUAAAGAUCUCACAGACCAUGAAGAAAUGGAGCAGGGAAAACAGUUUUCUUCCAGUGUCGUGAGCAAACUCCUAAAAUUGAGAAGAGAAAAAAAAGCUUCUCUCAGUGGAGUCGAAGAAGAUAUCUCUGCUUUUGUGUUUCAUGAUGAGAAAGGGAAAAGUAGAACAAGGUAUAAAGAAAAAAACAAAGAAAAGAACAAAGAAAAAGAAAAAAAGGGGGAAGAAGAAAUAAAACCAGAUUUAGAGAAAAUGACGGACACUGAGCUGAUUUGGGUACAGUCACAUAUAAAAUCUUCCUGCCAGUCCCAGAUUCCCUCUUCUGUGGAAACUGAUUAUAAAUCUGCUAUUCUCCCCAUCAGAAAAAAGCAGCAGAUGACCGAUAGUGCAGGUAGUGUUUCAUCUCAGAAACUGUUUGUGGCAAAGGAGGAGAAGAGUAUGAAAGAAUCCCUACCAGCUACAAACCCAAAGAAACGGCCAAAGGAGAUCUUUGUAGAGUGCACCAAACAGCUCAGUGUGGACUACACUCUCAAUAGCCUUGAUGUCAGAAGGCCUGAUAAAGCAGAAGCAACUGGGACUGCAUGUGACAAGGGGAGAACCGUGAUUACAGACACAUCUGAGACUGUAGGUGACCUAGAGGCUACCAUGAUUACAGAUACACCUGAGACUGUAGGUGACAUGAAGGCUGCAAUGAUUACAGACAUACCUGAGACUGUAGGUGACAUGAAGGCUGCCAUGAUUACAGACACACCUGAGACUGUAGGUGACAUGAAGGCUGCCAUGAUUACAGACACACCUGAGACUGUAGGUGACAUGGAGGUUGCCAUGAUUACAGACACAUCUGUGACUGUAAGUGAAAUGGAUGGUGGCAUGAUUACAGAGUCAUUUAAGACCGUAGGUAACCUGGGGAGCAGUGCGAUUACAGACACUCCUGAGACUGUAGGUGACAUGGAGAACAGUGUGAUUACAGACACUCCUGAGCCUGCAGGAGACAUGGAUGCUGCCGUGAUUACAGACUCCUCUGAGACUGUUGGUGACAUGGAGGGCACUGUGAUUACAGAGGCCUCUGAGAACGUAGGUCACACGGAGGGUGCCGUGAUUACCGACACACCAGACACUAUUGGUGACUCAGAGAGCACUGUGAUUACAGAUGCAUCUGAGACCACUGAUGACAUGGAGAGCACCGCGAUAUCAGACGUACCCAAGAUUGCAGGUGACGUGGGAGAUACUAAGAUUAUGGACAAGCCUGUGGUCAAGCAGGAGGGCCAUCUGGCACUCAAACCUGCUGUGAUCAUGACCUUCAGUGCCUUCUCUAAACGUCCUGUGAAGAGGGUAACCUGGAGUCUGCAGGAACUGGAUGCACCUCCUGCACAACCAACAAGAAUGCUUCUUCCGAAUACCCUGAGUCAUGGCAGCAAAGAUGGUCCUGAAAUACCUGCUAGCCCCUCCCAAGUACAGGACAUGAAGAAAAUGCACCUGCAGGAAAGAGCCAUUGAGGAGGUGAAACUGGCCAUCCGGCCAUUUUUUCAGAAGAAAGAAAUCACAAAGGAUGAGUACAAAGAAAUCUGGGGCAAAGCUGUCCAGAAGAUUUGCCACUGCAAAAGUGGUGAGAUCAGCCCAGAGAGAGUUGCCAGUUUGGUGAAGGCUUAUGUGGAAAAGUAUAAGUUCCUCAAAAAACAGCAGAAGGACAGGCAGAGCCAAGAGCUGGAGGGGACCCUUUGAUAUACAGGAAGGGCGGAGCCAGGAACCGGAGGGGACCCUGUGAUAUACAGGAAGGGCAGCGCCAAGGGGUGAAGGGGAGCCUGUGGUAUAUGACAGGGGUGGAGCCAAGACAUAACUGACACUGAAGAGAAGGUGGAACUGACUGGUCAAAGGCCCUCUGUGGCAUGCUGAAGAGGGGUGGAGCGUGAAGGCUGAGGGUUAUUUCUGUCAUGGAUAUAGAAAUACUAAGUUCUCUCAUUUGGAAUAACUACCCAUGGAUUACUGUGUUUAGCAUUACUUGAAGGAAGAUAAUAAGGUGCUGCCUUCUGAGCAUUAUUGACCUUGAGGUGUGUUGGUUACUUUGUCAAAAGCUGAAGCAGCUGAAGAACUGCAGCAUCCUUAUAAAUGCAUUUUAAAGAUUAUUCUGACAACAUAUAUAUAUAUAUAUAUAUAUAUAUAUAUUAUAUAUAAUAUUUUCCUAAUAAUAAUGAAAUAUGCUUGCCUUUUGCCUUUAUCUGAACAAAAUUGUCUUUCAAAAAAACAGAAACUGAGACAGCAGGUGGCUGGUAGUCCUUUUGUUAAGGACAGUAGCUUUUAUUUAAAAAAUUGAGUAGGCCAGUAUUAGCAAUUGCCCAUCCCUAACCAGGGGUGGUAUGGUUGUGAUGUUCUCAACAAAACAACAAUCACACAUCAAAUAUUUAUUAUAGACUACUGUAAAUACUAAAUUGUCCUCUGUGCCUUCAGUGUAUGGCAAAUUGUACAUUCAUGUUAACUGGUCACAGACAACAGUUUACAUUUCUUGCAUUUGUUUGCAUCUGAAAUACUAUGAGUGAUUUUUAACUGGUCGUCCUGGUCCAAACAGUUACCUCUGACACACUAUGAAAGAUUUGUGUUUUCCACGUCAUACAUAUGCUAUUUUGAACCCUUUUAUUGCAUGCCCAUCCGUUAAAUAAUAUGCUUGUCACCGAGAAUGUGUAGUGCAAUAAGCAACAUUUCGGGCUCGACCAUUUUAUUUAUUUCAAUUCUGUACUGUUUAUCAGGAAGCAUGUGUUGGGUACUUUUCACGUAAGAUGCAAAAACAAUUGUGCAAAAUAAAUUUUGAUGGAGCAGUAUUUCUCUGAUCCAUUCUGCCACUGUAGUGUUCUGCUGUCUGUGAUUGAUCGCAGUAAGGGGUUUUGUGUGAUGAUGUUGAUGAUGGGGGAAGGGGGGGAUAAAAUCCCUAGGAGAGAAUGGGCCAAGCCCACACACCUUUAAACAGUUGUGAUUGAAAAUGUAGGUUGUAAAUGUAUAUUAAAUGUAUUUAAUAACAUGAGAAAUUUAUAUAUGCAAGAAACCACCUGAAUCCAUCGGUCUCUUUCGCAGUUGCAGCUAUGUUUCAGGCAUGUUCACAUAUGAAGAAAAUAAAGAUAAUAUACAUGUGUAA